AUGCUUCUCCUCGCUCUCCUGCUCACUGUGCUCUGCCUGAUCUGCGCUAUCGGCAUGGGCGUUUGGCUUGGCAGUCAUGACCUACCCGCUCUGCCGUAUUACGGCGUGAGUUAUUAUUACCUGGGCGUGGGAGGGGAGGCGGCGCUGAAUUUCUUUGCGACGCUGAUUCUGCUGCAGGUGCUGGUGCCGAUAUCGCUGUAUAUUUCCAUGGAGCUGGUGAGGAUCGUGCAGGCUGUGCUCAUGACGUGUGACCGGCACAUGUGUGAUGAGGAGGGGCACAGGGAGGCAGAGGCGAGUGCUGGGUGGAAGAGGCACUGGGUGGGGAGUGCGCGGGGAAUGAGGAUUGGCCGAUGGGGGAGGAAGAAGAAACGUGUGGGAGAGGGGAAGGGAGGCGAGGAGGCGGCAGUGGAGGAGGGGGUGGAGGUUGGGAAAGGGGCGGUGGUGGGAGCGGCGGGGUUGGACAAUGGGAAGGGGAGCGGAGGUGGUGACGGUGGUGUUAGUGGCGGCAAGAGCGAGAGUGGGUUGCUGUGCCGCGCGCUGAACAUCAAUGAGGAUCUGGGGCAGGUGAGGCACGUGCUGACAGACAAGACCGGCACGCUCACUGAGAACCGCAUGGCCUUCCACUCCUGCUCCGUUGCUGGUGUAGAUCUGCACUCCCUCCUCACUCCAACCGGGAAAGCCUUUGACACUUCUUCUGCUGCUGCUGCUGCUGCCGCUGCUGCUGGUGCCUCUGAGUCUGAGUUUAUCCGAAGGGCGUCUGCUGCUCCUGCUGCUGUUGGUCCUGCUGCUGAUGCACGGGCUGUGGAGGUUCAAGGUGGUGCCGAACCUGGAGCGGUUUCCGAGGCUGAUGUGGAGGCUCGGUCGGUGCAGCCGCCUGAUGGUGUUGGUGGUUUGGGACCGCUGCAGCUGUCAGCGGGGUUGGCUCGGGAGUUUGCUGACGUGGCGGGGCCUGGUGCUGGCGGGGUGCUGGAUGAGUUCCUAUUGGUGCUGGCGGCGUGCAACAAUGUGGUGCCGACACGUGUCAGUGUGACAGCGAGCGGUGAGCUGGACAUGCAUGCUGUGAGCGAGGGGGAGGAUGACGUGGAGGAUCGGGAGGAGGAAGAGGGAGAGGAGGAGAUUGAAAAGGAGGGAGAUGGAAGAAAGGAAGAUGCAGGGGAGAAGCACAAGGGGAAUGGGGGACUGGUUAUGGCAGCACAGAAUCAAAGCCCUGGUGCUGCUUCAUCUGUGGCUGCUGAUGUGAAACUGGGACUUCUUGACGUGGCUGCAGUGCCCACUGCUGACGUGGCAAGUGAUGACGUAGCAGAGGAGCUGGCGGAGGUGAUUGAGUACCAGGGCGAGUCGCCAGAUGAGGUGGCACUGGUGAAGGCUGCGGCCGGCAUGGGUUGGCAGCUAGUGCAGCGAUCAGAGCACCACAUUGUGAUCAACGUCAGAGGGAAGGACGAAAGGUACGAGGUGCUGGGGGUGCACGAGUGUGACAGCACAUGCAGCCGCUUUCUGAGGUACGAGGUGCUGGGGGUGCACGAGUGUGACAGCACAUGCAGCCGCUUUCUGAGGUACGAGGUGCUGGGGGUGCACGAGUGUGACAGAACAUGCAGCCGCUUUCUGAGGUACGAGGUGCUGGGGGUGCACGAGUGUGACAGCACAUGCAGCCGCUUUCUGAGGUACGAGGUGCUGGGGGUGCACGAGUGUGACAGCACAUGCAGCCGCUUUCUGAGGUACGAGGUGCUGGGGGUGCACGAGUGUGACAGCACAUGCAGCCGCUUUCUGAGGUACGAGGUGCUGGGGGUGCACGAGUGUGACAGCACAUGCAGCCGCUUUCUGAGGUACGAGGUGCUGGGGGUGCACGAGUGUGACAGCACAUGCAGCCGCUUUCUGAGGUACGAGGUGCUGGGGGUGCACGAGUGUGACAGCACAUGCAGCCGCUUUCUGAGGUACGAGGUGCUGGGGGUGCACGAGUGUGACAGCACAUGCAGCCGCUUUCUGAGGUACGAGGUGCUGGGGGUGCACGAGUGUGACAGCACAUGCAGCCGCUUUCUGAGGUACGAGGUGCUGGGGGUGCACGAGUGUGACAGCACAUGCAGCCGCUUUCUGAGGUACGAGGUGCUGGGGGUGCACGAGUGUGACAGCACAUGCAGCCGCUUUCUGAGGUACGAGGUGCUGGGGGUGCACGAGUGUGACAGCACAUGCAGCCGCUUUCUGAGGUACGAGGUGCUGGGGGUGCACGAGUGUGACAGCACAUGCAGCCGCUUUCUGAGGUACGAGGUGCUGGGGGUGCACGAGUGUGACAGCACAUGCAGCCGCUUUCUGAGGUACGAGGUGCUGGGGGUGCACGAGUGUGACAGCACAUGCAGCCGCUUUCUGAGGUACGAGGUGCUGGGGGUGCACGAGUGUGACAGCACAUGCAGCCGCUUUCUGAGGUACGAGGUGCUGGGGGUGCACGAGUGUGACAGCACAUGCAGCCGCUUUCUGAGGUACGAGGUGCUGGGGGUGCACGAGUGUGACAGCACAUGCAGCCGCUUUCUGAGGUACGAGGUGCUGGGGGUGCACGAGUGUGACAGCACAUGCAGCCGCUUUCUGAGGUACGAGGUGCUGGGGGUGCACGAGUGUGACAGCACAUGCAGCCGCUUUCUGAGGUACGAGGUGCUGGGGGUGCACGAGUGUGACAGCACAUGCAGCCGCUUUCUGAGGUACGAGGUGCUGGGGGUGCACGAGUGUGACAGCACAUGCAGCCGCUUUCUGAGGUACGAGGUGCUGGGGGUGCACGAGUGUGACAGCACAUGCAGCCGCUUUCUGAGGUACGAGGUGCUGGGGGUGCACGAGUGUGACAGCACAUGCAGCCGCUUUCUGAGGUACGAGGUGCUGGGGGUGCACGAGUGUGACAGCACAUGCAGCCGCUUUCUGAGGUACGAGGUGCUGGGGGUGCACGAGUGUGACAGCACAUGCAGCCGCUUUCUGAGGUACGAGGUGCUGGGGGUGCACGAGUGUGACAGCACAUGCAGCCGCUUUCUGAGGUACGAGGUGCUGGGGGUGCACGAGUGUGACAGCACAUGCAGCCGCUUUCUGAGGUACGAGGUGCUGGGGGUGCACGAGUGUGACAGCACAUGCAGCCGCUUUCUGAGGUACGAGGUGCUGGGGGUGCACGAGUGUGACAGCACAUGCAGCCGCUUUCUGAGGUACGAGGUGCUGGGGGUGCACGAGUGUGACAGCACAUGCAGCCGCUUUCUGAGGUACGAGGUGCUGGGGGUGCACGAGUGUGACAGCACAUGCAGCCGCUUUCUGAGGUACGAGGUGCUGGGGGUGCACGAGUGUGACAGCACAUGCAGCCGCUUUCUGAGGUACGAGGUGCUGGGGGUGCACGAGUGUGACAGCACAUGCAGCCGCUUUCUGAGGUACGAGGUGCUGGGGGUGCACGAGUGUGACAGCACAUGCAGCCGCUUUCUGAGGUACGAGGUGCUGGGGGUGCACGAGUGUGACAGCACAUGCAGCCGCUUUCUGAGGUACGAGGUGCUGGGGGUGCACGAGUGUGACAGCACAUGCAGCCGCUUUCUGAGGUACGAGGUGCUGGGGGUGCACGAGUGUGACAGCACAUGCAGCCGCUUUCUGAGGUACGAGGUGCUGGGGGUGCACGAGUGUGACAGCACAUGCAGCCGCUUUCUGAGGUACGAGGUGCUGGGGGUGCACGAGUGUGACAGCACAUGCAGCCGCUUUCUGAGGUACGAGGUGCUGGGGGUGCACGAGUGUGACAGCACAUGCAGCCGCUUUCUGAGGUACGAGGUGCUGGGGGUGCACGAGUGUGACAGCACAUGCAGCCGCUUUCUGAGGUACGAGGUGCUGGGGGUGCACGAGUGUGACAGCACAUGCAGCCGCUUUCUGAGGUACGAGGUGCUGGGGGUGCACGAGUGUGACAGCACAUGCAGCCGCUUUCUGAGGUACGAGGUGCUGGGGGUGCACGAGUGUGACAGCACAUGCAGCCGCUUUCUGAGGUACGAGGUGCUGGGGGUGCACGAGUGUGACAGCACAUGCAGCCGCUUUCUGAGGUACGAGGUGCUGGGGGUGCACGAGUGUGACAGCACAUGCAGCCGCUUUCUGAGGUACGAGGUGCUGGGGGUGCACGAGUGUGACAGCACAUGCAGCCGCUUUCUGAGGUACGAGGUGCUGGGGGUGCACGAGUGUGACAGCACAUGCAGCCGCUUUCUGAGGUACGAGGUGCUGGGGGUGCACGAGUGUGACAGCACAUGCAGCCGCUUUCUGAGGUACGAGGUGCUGGGGGUGCACGAGUGUGACAGCACAUGCAGCCGCUUUCUGAGGUACGAGGUGCUGGGGGUGCACGAGUGUGACAGCACAUGCAGCCGCUUUCUGAGGUACGAGGUGCUGGGGGUGCACGAGUGUGACAGCACAUGCAGCCGCUUUCUGAGGUACGAGGUGCUGGGGGUGCACGAGUGUGACAGCACAUGCAGCCGCUUUCUGAGGUACGAGGUGCUGGGGGUGCACGAGUGUGACAGCACAUGCAGCCGCUUUCUGAGGUACGAGGUGCUGGGGGUGCACGAGUGUGACAGCACAUGCAGCCGCUUUCUGAGGUACGAGGUGCUGGGGGUGCACGAGUGUGACAGCACAUGCAGCCGCUUUCUGAGGUACGAGGUGCUGGGGGUGCACGAGUGUGACAGCACAUGCAGCCGCUUUCUGAGGUACGAGGUGCUGGGGGUGCACGAGUGUGACAGCACAUGCAGCCGCUUUCUGAGGUACGAGGUGCUGGGGGUGCACGAGUGUGACAGCACAUGCAGCCGCUUUCUGAGGUACGAGGUGCUGGGGGUGCACGAGUGUGACAGCACAUGCAGCCGCUUUCUGAGGUACGAGGUGCUGGGGGUGCACGAGUGUGACAGCACAUGCAGCCGCUUUCUGAGGUACGAGGUGCUGGGGGUGCACGAGUGUGACAGCACAUGCAGCCGCUUUCUGAGGUACGAGGUGCUGGGGGUGCACGAGUGUGACAGCACAUGCAGCCGCUUUCUGAGGUACGAGGUGCUGGGGGUGCACGAGUGUGACAGCACAUGCAGCCGCUUUCUGAGGUACGAGGUGCUGGGGGUGCACGAGUGUGACAGCACAUGCAGCCGCUUUCUGAGGUACGAGGUGCUGGGGGUGCACGAGUGUGACAGCACAUGCAGCCGCUUUCUGAGGUACGAGGUGCUGGGGGUGCACGAGUGUGACAGCACAUGCAGCCGCUUUCUGAGGUACGAGCACCUCAUUCUCUCUGCCACCGAGCGUCACAUUCAUCAGUACUCUCAAACCGGCCUGCGCACUCUCGUCAUCGCCGCCCGCCCGCUCCCGCCCGCCGCCCUCCACGCCUGGCUCGCCGCCUUCCGCGCCGCCGCCCGCUCUCUCUCCGCCGACCGGGACGCGCAGCUCGCCGCACUAGCUGACGAAACGGAGCGGCGGUUGCAGAUUCUGGGCGCUACAGGCAUUGAGGAUAGGCUACAGGCGGGUGUGCCAGCAGCGCUACAGAUGCUGAGAGGGGCCGGGAUGAAGGUGUGGAUGCUGACUGGGGAUAAGGUGGAGACGGGUGUUUCAAUCGCUCGGUCGUGUGGGCUGGUGAGGAGAGAGGAUCGGGUUGUUAGGGUGAGUGCGGGGACCGAGAGGGAGUGUGAGAGGAGGCUGAGGGAGGUGUGUGGGAUGGAGGGGAGUGGGGUGGGGGAAGCGGGGGGAUUGGGAGAGGUGGAGGGGGUGGGGAGCGGGAGAGGAGAGGGAGGGGCUGCAGCAGUGGAGGAGGAGGAGGGUGAUUGUAGGGAUGGUGCGAGCAGGAGCAGCAGCAGCAGCGUUAGUUGUGGCAGUAGCGAGGUGCGGGGCCUGAAUGGGGCUAGCCUGGGGGAGGAUGAAGGCGAGGGGAGGACAGGGGAGGCGGUGAGGAAGCACAUGGGCGCCCAGAGGAAACACAGUGGCGCCCUGGGCUCAUGGAAUGCAGGCAGUGCGGCAGCGUCAUGUGCCAUGGCCGUCGAUGGCGCUACACUGGCACUCGCUCUCUCACCUGCUCUGCGCCGCCUGUUCUUCCGAGCAUCACAGCGCUGCUCCGUGGUGCUGUGCUGUCGAGUGGCGCCCAUGCAGAAGGCUGCUGUGGUGGCACUCGUGAGGCAGCUGUCAGGGGAAUUAACCCUCGCGAUUGGCGAUGGUGCCAACGACGUGCCAAUGAUUCAAACAGCGGCCAUAGGGGUGGGCAUCAGAGGCCACGAGGGGAGGCAGGCAGUGAUGGCGAGUGACUUCGCCAUCUCGCAGUUCCGCUUCCUCGCCCGCCUGCUGCUGGUGCACGGGCACUGGAACUACCAUCGCAUGGCCUACAUGAUCGUCUACAAUCUCUACAAGAACACUGUCUUCGUGCUCCUGCUCUUCUGGUACCUCUCCCAAACCGCGUUCUCUACAACCCCAGCCAUCGGCCAGCUGAGCCUCAUGUUCUUCUCCCUCACCUACACCACCCUCCCCACCGUCGUCGUCGCCUCCAUCGACCAAACCCUCCUGCCCGCCCGCCUGCUCGCCUGGCCGCAGCUCUACGGCGCCGGGCAGCGCGAGGAAACUUACAACCUGCCCAUGUUUCUGGCUGCCAUGCUGGAUGCCACGUGGCAGAGCCUGGUGCUGUUUCUGGUGGGCGUGGCAACAGUGAGUGUGCUAGACGGCGACAUGUGGGCGUUGGGGCAGACGUGGUUGGUGGCGCUGGUGCUGGUGGUGACUGUACAUCUUGCGAUGGACAUCCGACGGUGGACGUGGCUCCACGCGGCUGCGAUUGCGAUCGCUAUACUCGUUACAGUGGUCUCGAUAGUGGUUAUUGACUACAUCCCUCUGCUGCCUGAAUACGGCCCCUUCCGAAUCGCCAUCGCGACAUCUACCUUCUGGUUGGACAUGCUGCUGAUGGCGCUGCUGCCACGCUUCUGCUCCACCCUUGUCUCUCUCAUUCUCAAUACCAUGCUCUCCCCACCCAACCAGGUCGUUCCGAUACGCCAUCGCCACGUCAACAUUUUGGUUGGACGUGCUGCUGAUGGUGGUGCUGGCACUGCUGCCACGCUUCUGUGUCAAGGUGGCCUACCAAAAGUGGUGGCCCUCUGA